UGCUACUGAAAUGUUUGUGGGAUAAAAUUUAAUGUUAAUUUCAGAAAACAAUAUUUCAGUACAUAAAACAAUUUUCAAUGAUUAUAAUCAGUGAUUAUUAAAAGCCAUGAAUGCAGAAAGUAUUUGCCAAACUGAGAAUUCUAAAUCGAAUGUAUUCCAAGGUAGUAAAUCUUUUUUUGAUCGUCAAAAGGAACGUUUAAUUUCACAUUCUCAUCUAUCAAAGCUUCCCUCUAAUAUGGAAGUAAUAAAAAACCAACUGUUCGACAAUUCCAGAACAAUCAGAACAGAUAACCCUGACAAACUCCCACGUCUUUCUGAGUGUUCUCUGUCCGAACCCACAAUUUACAAAGCGAAGACCACAUCUGCCUGGAUUAUUACUGUAUGCUCAGAAAUAUGGACAAGACUGUUAUCAUCCCGUAGACAAGAUUCUAAUUCGAAUGACAGAAAAAAUCAAAUAUCUGGUUCUGAACUUGUCUCUUAUUUAAUGACUGAAGAAGAUAAAACUGAUCGCAGCUUGAUUUGCGGUAUUUGGCAAGUAUUAUUAGAUGAAAAAGCUAUCGAAACUAUCCCACCUCCUAAUUCAAACCAGCAGUUUAACUCUAUUGAAUUCUAUGAUAAAGACGAUGUUUUUUAUGUUUGCAACCGUUUAAAAGAUAAACGUCUUUCUAUUGAAGAAGCAUUAGCAACUACUGAAAUCUGUCCAAAUAUCACUGGUAUAAACAAUACAGAAAGCUGUGAAACGCUAAGCUCUAUAAACAAACAUCCUGAUGAUCAUAUUGCACAAACUGAAUCACAAACUAUUUUGAGUGAAAAAGACGGCGAUCAAAUAGAUGUGGAUGACACUAGUAGCAUCGAAGAAGGGUAUCAGGUAUUGAUCGACAGAUUGUAUCGUUUGGCACCAGAAGCACUGUUUCGUAAAAUUCUCCAAAAACCGCCAGCUGAACGAACUGAACAUGAACUGGAAUAUGUUUAUCAGGAGUUAUUAUUGGUCCCGGCGUUAGCAUCAUUUUCGAUGUCUGUUCGACAGGAGUUAUGUAAAUGUUUACGUUAUGAAGUACAUCAGCAUGCUUCAAAUGUUGUUUUUUAUCAAGGAGAUCCAGGCAUCUCAUGGUAUAUUAUUUGCCGUGGUAGUGUAUGGGUGCAUGUCGAUGGCCAGGGCUAUGUAUGCCGUCUUUGUGAGGGAGAUGACUUUGGUAAACUUGCACUAGUAACAGAUGCACCAAGAGCUGCAAGUAUUAUUUUAGCAGAAGACAACUGUCAUUUUCUAAAAUUAGAUAAGGAUGACUUCAACAGAAUUUUGCGCAAUGUUGAGGCGAAUACUGUACGCUUAAAGAAAAAUAACUCAAAUGUUCUAAUUUUAGAGCGUAUUCAAGAUGUAAAAUUUUCCACAUGUCCACAGGCUGAAACAUCAGGUAAUUUUGGGAGAGAAUCGAACAGUGUGGGUUGUUUAAAUUAUUCAAUAAUUGCUGGAACAGUUGAACAUAUUCUUCAUUACUUAAUAGAGAGUCGGUUAAAUGGACUGGAAAAUCAGUUAAAUUUGUUAAUUUCCGAUGAAAUGUUCCCAGUUUAUUUAUGUCCACGUACACCAAUCGGUUUGGAUCAAACAUGGCAGAAUUUCUUUCUCACUUAUUUGAUAUUUUCAACAAAUAGAGAAAUCCUUGUAUUUUUAUAUGAAUAUUUAGGCUGUGAUAAGGCAAUUGAAACUAUGCAUACUGAGGACCACAGCGGUGAUGAGAAUUGUGAAAAAGAUUGGCGAUUUCCUAUCGGUAUUCAGUUCGAUAUUAUUAAAAUUAACCGCGUUAUUGUACUGUUUUAUAUAUGGCGUUAUUGUCUCGGCUUGUCUAUGUUUGCAAAUCAGGAUGGUGUCAACCAAUUCAUAAUGAAUUUAAGAACAGCUUUGAAAAGUUCUGACACCGUUACUGCAACUGAUAAUGUGAUAGGUAGUAAUACUGGUGGUGACUCAGGAAAUGUAAGAAGUUUUCAACUGCAGAUAGUCUGUUUGGAUAAACUUCUAAAAAGAAAUUCAAAACUGAUGAUUGUAAAGCCGAUUUCUGAGAAACAGCAAGUGCUGCCUUCUAAUUUUCUGCAUUUCCCGUGCAACUUUCUACGUACUCUACCAUUUGUUUGCACUAGUAAACGCGGAAUGUCGAAAAUGCAUAAACAACAAUUUUCAUCCAGUGGAGAUCAUAGUGAUAUACAGACGUCUGUCAGCCACAAUAUUAAUCAACGUGUAAAAUCUUUUGAAAUUCAAGAUAUCGCUGUUUAUGGCUCACCGAAUCAUGCACAGCAUUUGGAAUCUAAAUCAAAUCACACAUCUACACCUAGUUUGCUUUUCGGUUUCCAGAUAUAUCCAAAUAAUUUGCCACUGGUGAAGACAAUACACACAGUAACAUUUAAUAUUUAUAUUAGUGAAUUACAAAGGCAAGUUGAAGCUACAGUCCCAAUCGAAUCAACGGUCUAUGAAAUUAAACAGUCAAUAAUAUCCGACUGGCAGUUGAAAAGUGAAAUUAAUGAUCUGAGAUUAGUAGAAGUGUUCUCUAAAGGUGAUUGUACAGUUUAUCAAGAUACUGAGUGUGGAGUUAUGUUUGGUUUAUCAUUAAAUGGUAGAUUAUUUUUGGCUUCAGAGAAAGGAGUACAAAGUCUUGUACCUUUGGCUGAACAGCUAUCAGUUGCAAUGAAUUUUUUGGACCAAACUGAUGCAGAUCGUGUCAGAGGUAGUCAUCAACAUGAAACAACAGCUCACUGGAGUCUAAUAAAUGAUAUUCCAUUACUAAAAAAGAAUCGAUCGAUUAGAGCUGCGGUCAAAUUAUUAGAUGAACUGAAUGUAGACGAACUGGCUGCAACUUUAUCAUGUUGUCAUGCUCAAUUAGCAGUUUGUAUACAUCCACAAGAGUUACUAGACUUUGUAAUUGGCGGUAGUAAAACAAGUAAUCCGUGUCCACAUGUACGAACUCUUGUUAGACGUUUUAGUCUGCUUCACGCAUGGACUAUUACUCAAAUAGUAACAACUUGUAACCUAACCAGGCGUGCAAAUCUAGUCAAGAAACUGAUCAAAUUAGCUGAUCGCCUCAUUUCACCUCCUUUAUAUGACUUGUACAGCUCAUUCGCAAUCCUUCUAGGGUUGCAAAAUUCAGCAAUCACACGACUUACUCACACUUGGGAACGUGUGCCAAGUCGAUGGCGUCGUAUUCUUAAUGAUAGCUUACUGCCACUCAUUGAUCCUGCAAAAAAUCAUCGAGCUGCUAGGUUAUGGAAUAAUCACACAAUUACCAAUGCUGCUUCAACUGCUACCACCAAAAGUGGUAGUAUUAUUGGAGUAGCAAACUCACCACGUCUUCCAUUUCUGGCACUUAUAUUGAAAGAUUUAAGAUUUGGAGAAGAUGCCAAUCAAACAGAAUAUCAGCAGUCAGAAGAUGGAAUACGUCUGAUAAAUUUUGAAAAAAUGAGACUUAUAGCAAGAUCUCUGCGUUCAUGGAUAAAUUCAAUUUCCGGAUAUGAAAUGCUUCACCCUCAUAAUCACUUUAUAAGUCCAGAGAUUAACAAGACAAACUCCUCAGCUGUUGCCAAUAUAACUGUACAAAAAUUGUUGGAAGUGCCUACUGAAUCGCAAAUGUUCGUAUUAGAACACUUGGAAUGCAUUGAUGAUCCUCGUGUCAUUACACAGCUAUCUUUAAGACUUGAGCCAAAAAAGUGAGUUGAAUGCUGUGACAAGAUAAACUAUUGUCUACAUCCUUCAAAUAUUUUGAGAUUGGUAUAUAUAUUUCAAGAUGAGUUGCUUUUGUACAUAAAAUAUUGAUUUCUGUAUUAUUUCAUGUUUCCUUUAUUAUGUGAAUUUGUUAUGUCCACAAAUAAGAAGACAUUCC